CACAGGAGGGCGUCUGCGCCUAUCUAAGUAGGACAAUAAAGUGAAAACGGCAUCAAUGCUCUAAAUAAUGGAUUUGUCAGAUAUGCUUCUUCUUAAACUUUUCCUCUUCGUGUACUUAGUGAACUACACCCGAGGACAUUAUAGAAACCCCCUGAACAAGUACAUUCGUCACUAUGAGGGUCUGUCUUACGACACAGAGCUUAUUCACAGCAAACAUCAGAGGGCCAAGAGGGCGCUUUCUCAUGAAGACAGAUUUCUCCAUUUAGAUUUUCACGCCCAUGGAAGGCAUUUUAAUUUACGAAUGAAGAGAGAUACCACCUUGUUUGCCCCAGAUUUAAAGGUGGAUGUUUCAGGAGAAGAAAUCCCAUUUGAUACCUCUCAUAUCUACACUGGAGAAAUCUACGGUGAGAAAGGCACCCUGUCUCAUGGCUCCAUUGUGGAUGGUAAGUUCGAGGGCUUCAUUCAAACCUACCAUGGCAACUACUAUGUGGAGCCUGCUGAAAGGUACCUGGGGGACAAAGACGUGCCCUUCCACUCUGUCAUCUACCAUGAAGACGACAUACACUACCCGCACAAGUACGGCCCAGAGGGAGGCUGUGCUGAUAGCUCGGUGUUUGAAAAGAUGAAGAAGUACCAAGCCAGCGCCAUAGAGCAGCCACCCAAGGAGCUCCACACCGAGGCUGACUUCAAUGACCCCGUGCUGCUGAGGAGGAAAAGGAUGGCCCAGAUCGAGAAAAACACCUGCCAGCUCUUCAUUCAGACUGAUCACCUCUUUUUCAAGUAUUACAAGACCAGAGAAGCUGUCAUCGCUCAGAUCUCCAGUCAUGUCAAAGCGAUCGAUGCUAUCUAUCAGGGCACAGACUUCAUGGGCAUUCGCAACAUAAGCUUCAUGGUGAAAAGGAUCAGGAUAAACACCACCAACGAUGAGAGGGACAGAUCCAACCCGUUCCGCUUCGCCAACAUCGGUGUGGAGAAGUUCCUGGAGCUGAACUCGGAGCAGAACCACGAUGACUACUGCUUGGCUUACGUGUUCACCGACAGAGACUUUGAUGACGGGGUGUUGGGUCUGGCCUGGGUGGGAGCCCCUUCAGGGAGCUCUGGAGGAAUCUGUGAAAAAAGCAAGCUGUACUCAGACGGAAAAAAGAAGUCUCUCAACACUGGUAUCAUCACUGUGCAGAACUACGCCUCCCACGUACCUCCAAAAGUCUCCCAUAUCACUUUUGCACAUGAAGUAGGACACAACUUCGGCUCCCCGCAUGACUCUGGAUCUGAGUGCACCCCUGGUGAAUCCAAGAGCCAAGACAAGAAAGAGAAGGGCAACUACAUCAUGUAUGCAAGAGCCACGUCGGGAGACAAGCUCAACAAUAAUAAGUUCUCCAUCUGCAGCGUGCGUAACAUCAGCCAGGUGCUGGAGAAGAAGAGAAGCAACUGUUUUGUCGAGUCUGGCCAGCCCAUCUGUGGUAAUGGUCUGGUGGAGCCAGGAGAGGAGUGUGACUGUGGCUACAGUGAUCAGUGCAGAGACCAGUGCUGCUAUGACGCCAACCAACAUGAUAGCAAGAAGUGCAAACUAAAGCCAAACAAAGUCUGCAGUCCCAGCCAGGGUCCUUGUUGCACCGCUGAGUGCUCUUACAAGGGUCGAAAUGAGAAGUGCAGAGAGGAGUCAGAGUGCGCUCAUCAGGGCAUGUGUAACGGAAACGGCGCCCAGUGCCCCACGUCUGAGCCCAAGGCCAACUUCACCGCCUGCCACGGAGAGACUCAAGUCUGCCUCAAUGGGGGCUGCUCUGGCUCCAUCUGUGAAAAGUAUGGGCUUGAGGCAUGCACCUGUGCCAGCCAAGAAGGCAAGGAUGAGACUGAGCUCUGCCACGUGUGCUGCAUGGAGAAGAUGAAUCCAAACACGUGCAGCAGUACAGGGUCGGAGCGUCUGGCUCGUUUCUUCAAUAAGAAAGUGACCACGCUGCCAGCCGGCUCACCUUGCAACGACUUCAAGGGCUACUGCGACGUGUUCAUGAAGUGCCGUCUGGUGGAUGCAGAUGGACCUCUCGCCAGACUGAAGAAGGCCAUCUUCAACCCAGAGCUGUAUGAGAAUAUUGCUGAGUGGAUUGUGGCCCAUUGGUGGGCAGUAUUAUUGAUGGGUAUAGCUCUCAUCAUGCUCAUGGCUGGCUUCAUUAAGAUCUGUAGCGUACAUACGCCAAGCAGUAACCCCAAACUCCCCCCCCCCAAACCACUUCCAGGCACUUUGAAGAGGCGGCGAGCGCAGCAGCACGCCAACUCCCAGGUGCAGCACCAGUCCCAGCACCCGCACGCCCACCAGCACGGCCACGGAGGUCACGGGGGACACGGCGGCCACGGCGGGCACGGAGGACACGGCGGCCAACGGCAACCCCAGAGGCAACCUCAACGGCAGGCGCAGCCCCAGAGGCACCACCGUCAGCCCAGAGAGAACUAUCAGAUGGGCCAGAUGAGACGCUGAGGCCCUGC